GCCCGUACAGUUCGGACGUCCAGUCCGCCGCCCACGACUAAAUUCUACGUGGCCGUCCAACUUUCCACUGCUCAGCUGCUCAACCCAACAUCGGCGCGUCGUUGCUUAGUUUCAAUCUCGUCGGAUUCUAUGAUCCGCGAUGGCUACCGGUGACACCGCGCUGUCCUUGGCUCUCUCGAGCCCCCCUCCGCCUCUGCUCCAACACAGCCCUAGCGAUGUGUCAAGCCCACUUAGUGACGUGGAAGACAAGCAUGGAGAUCCUGACGACAUGGAUUUGGACAUGAACAGUAACCACUCUCAACAUCGCGAGACAUCGGUCCGAACUGACAAUCGCGAUGGCGUCGACUCGGACCUUGGCGCUGAGACUGACGAUGAGAGCAAGCUGUCGGAUGUGGAUAUUAAUGACUCCGAGGCAGAGACAGAGAGGCUUUACGACACACCACCGAAAGAUCGAGUAUCGCGCGACAUCGUGGACACCGCGGGUGAGCCUGGCACUCGACAAUUCACCGACCGCCGCGAUCGGACGUUCGAGCGCAGCCCUAGCAAGCUUCAGCAGCAAAUCAAAUCUGAUUACGAACCGGAAAACACCGCCAGCGGGCGAAACAGUCCCUCAGAAGAGGCAGAAGUGGGUGACGAAGAGGCCUCGGAAGACCUGAGUGACGAAGAGCCCGAAUUUGCUGCCGAACUACCACCUGCGCGAUCUCCCGUGCUGGCGAAGAAAGUACAAAUAGUUUCCGCCUCGCCUGAAAAGAUCCUCACACUAUCACCCCGACAUGAUAUCCUAAAGCGGAAACGCUCCUCAGUUACCGAGCAACAAGAUCUCAGUCAACCGUUCAAAAGGCGGACUGAGUCAAAUACCUUUCCCGAAAAGCUCUCAGCCGAUGACGUGCCUGUCGUCGACAUUGAGGUCAUUUCGACAAACCCCGAAAGCGGCAACCAGUCUGCCGAGGAAGAUAAUAUUAAUGAGCCGACCAUUACGGCUGGCGCCAAUAGCGCAACGAAGGAUGAAACGGAGCCCACGGAUGCGCUCGAAGAAGACGCGACAGACAGCCGAAUCAAAAAAGGGAAACGCGGUGUCACGAAGAAAAGGAAGAGCCCAACCCCUGACGAACCAGAUGGUGAUGAGGUUGAAGAGACAAAUGCCGACGCUGCUGCUGAAGGAGACGUUGUUGCCGUCGAAGACUCCGCAGUGCAAGCUGAGGACCAAGUCGACGAUGUCGACGAAGAGGCUGAAGCAGCCCACAGAAACGAAGAAGAGCUUGAGCGUAAGAAGUCUGCCUGGGAAGAGCUUGCAGCAAUUGAGAAACAAUUCAGCAGUUUUCGGGAGCGUUUAUAUCAGGAACGCCUAGAGCAACUCAAUCAGGAAGAAGCAAUGCUUACCUGCGAAAACCCCACCCAUCCCGAAUAUCUUGCGAUGCUACAGUGUCUAAAUGCUCGACGAGAGGAGAGGAUCAAGACUAGCACACUCGAGCUACAAUUUAGAAUGGCGAUGCUUCAAAGGCGCGCGGUGGCAGAACGAGCACAGAUUCUGUCGCAAUACCACCAAGCCGUGCGCGAGUCACGCGAGAAGGUGCUCGAAGAGCUUGGUCAGGAAUGGUACGAUAUACAACAAGAGCGCAGACGGUUUGCCAACGCUAUACCCGACUACGGAAUCCAUUACCCCGCCGCCAAAUCACAGAGUAUUCGUAACGCUGUUGCCUAUAACAAGGAAGUGUCGAUCCUGUCGGGCUUUGCCAAACACGUUGGAUUUCCUGCUGCGCCUCCAAUACACGGCGCAUCUGAGGAUCAGGUGGAAAACGAUCUUGAAGCUAUAGCUCGAUCUCGCGAGCCUGUCCCCCGGCCUAUACCGAACUAUCCCCCCGCUUUCCACCCAGAAUAUGCGUCCGCCGGACUUCCUUUUGGGCGAACCCCCCUUGGCCCCGCCGGUGAACAGUUUAUCGAACAAACACCUUGGGCAAACCCGAAUCACCCAGCCCAUCAGAUGCAGCGGCAACAAUUACAUCAUGAGGCGCCUUUUGCAGAGCCUCCCUCUGGACCACGACACCACACACAACAACCUAUGGCGCCAUAUACCACAAAUGGGUUCGUGGCAGUCAACGGGGAUGGGCCCCCAGUUCAUCUGCACAAGGGGCAUGCUUCGGGUGCUCACGAGCCAGUGAAAAGCGCCAAACUUGGGCCAGAGCAGAUGAAGCGGGAGAGUGUGACUCAGGCUUCAUGAAACGCUUAAGAGCACUACCAGGAAGUCGGGCCAAAAGCAUUGCAAGCAGACGAUUUGUUUAUUUUCUUCAGGGCAUUCCAAACACCUAAGUCGGGCAUGAAUGGUGUUUUACUCCGCUUUGUACUUGUCAC